AAAACCCACUAUAUAAUACUGUGUCAUAACCUUUCAUUGCCACGGAACCAGGGUUUUCGAAUCUGCCUCCUCUUCUUCCCUGGCGUCUAUCUCCAUAAUGCCGAAGCAAAUUCAUGAGAUUAAGGAUUUCCUUCUCACUGCCAGAAGGAAGGACGCACGCUCUGUAAAGAUCAAGAAGAGCAAGGAUGUGGUGAAGUUCAAGGUUCGGUGCUCAAAGUACCUCUACACCCUUUGCGUCUUUGAUCCUGAGAAGGCUGACAAGUUGAAGCAAUCCCUUCCCCCAGGUUUGAGUGUGCAAGACUUGUGAACUGGAAUGUGCCAUUUGAAGAGCGGUAUUGGAGUAAUAUUUUCGAAGUCCUUUUUUUUUUUUUUUUUUUUUUUUUUUUUUUUUUUUAAAUAUGGUUGUUUAGUUUACCACCUCAUUCUCCCCCGGGUAUGAGGAGAUGGUUUGAUUUUGUGGAUUGAUUAUUAGUUGGGAAUGAAGUCAUGAACUUUAGAAUCUGCCUUUCUAGAUGAUACUCUGUUUGUGCAGCUAUAGUGAGGGCUAAUUUCUUUUUAUGCCCCUGUUUGACAACCUUUAAUAAUUUAAGUUGUUGGCUAUAUUAUCA